AGCAGCUAACAAAUCAACAACAACAACAAACAACAAAAGAGAAUUAGCCACAAAAUCCAAAAAGAUAAAGGGAAAAAAAUCGAAUUUGCUGUAAGAAUGAUUUUGUGUUUGUAACUCUAACUAAGCCAGCAAAGAGGAUAAAAAAAGGAAAGAAAAUCAAUUUAUUAAGCGAGAAAGGAAAUCUGAUCUGGGGAGACUGGAGAAAGCAAAACUCAUUAUUAUCGUCUGCAAUUGGUCAAGAGCAAGUGAGAGCUGUAAGCCCAAUAUAAACCGUUCAAUGACAGCGGCCGCAGCAGCAUUUGCUGUUGCUUCUGUUGUCUUCUGUGCGGCUUUUGUGACGUGGUCGUCGUGGACAUAUUCGUUGUCGUCAUCUCUGUUGUCCGCCCACAGUUAACACGUUCAGUGUUGGACUAGAAGUGCUCUGAGCAAGAGCCAUCGAAGGAUCUCCAAGAAGAGGGUGAAAGCAAACUGAUCAGCCGAACCACACGCCCAGCCAGUUAACCAGCCACGCCAGCCAACUAAACGAAAAUCAACCAACCAACCAACCAACCAACCAGCCAGCUAAACCAAGCCAAGCCAAGCCAAGCCAUUAUCAAGUGCACCCCAUUUAGUUGGUUUCUUCUUCUCGUUAGAAAAACAAAAACAAAAAGAUAAAUAACUAUUGCUACUGCUAAUCAAUCUGUGUUAACUGUGUUAAGCAACCGCACACAAUGGUGAAAACGUUUCAAGCCUAUUUACCGUCCACCAAUCGGACCUAUUCAUGUGUUCACUGCCGUGCUCAUCUCGCCUCCCAUGACGAGCUCAUCUCGAAAUCAUUUCAGGGCAGUCAGGGUCCAGCGUAUCUCUUCAAUUCGGUUGUGAAUGUGGCCUGUGGCCAGACCGAGGAGAGAGUCCUGCUAACGGGUCUUCAUGCUGUCGCCGAUAUCUUUUGUGAGUGCUGUAAAACGCCAUUGGGUUGGAAAUAUGAGCACGCCUAUGAAUCGUCACAGAAAUACAAAGAGGGUAAAUUCAUUAUCGAAUUGGCCCACAUGAUAAAGGAGAAUGGUUGGGAUUGAACGGCUGAAAGCGGCAAGCGAUGGCGGCGGCAAACAAAACAAAAAAAGGAUAUAAUGAUGUUCGGUGUGUGCGUGCGUGUGUGUAUAUGUAUUUUUUUUUUUCGAAUGAAUGAUUGUAUUGGCAAAGGACAACAACAACAACAACAACAACAACAUAAUAUACACAAGCGUGGAUAACGAGUGAUCAUAAGGAGCAGCAGCAGCAGCGGCAGGAGCAGCAGAGGCAGCGGCGGCGUCGGCAAAUGCAAAGGGCUAGAGCGAGAUAGCGGGCAAAAGUGCAGAAAUAUAUACAUAUACACGCCACGUUGGUCAAUUCAGAAAGAGAGAGAGAGAGAGAAAGAAUAGAAAGAGAGAGACAGUUUUAGGGUUAACACAAAAAACCAUAUACUAUAAAAAAUGCUAUUAUAUAGUACAUAACUCGUCGUAUCUUAUAUAAAACAAACUCACAAACACACACACACAACUCACACACACACACACACACACUUACUCAUUCAUCCAUUCAUUCAAUUGCUUGAAUUUGGGCUUUUUAGGCGAAUAAAGCGAUCUCCUGCGCAGGACGCAGCCUCUUUUGAUAAUGAUAAUGACAAUGAUCAUGACGAUUGUUGUUAUUAGCGAUUUAUCGAUUAUCAUAUUGAUAUAAAAAUAUUGUCACAAACUUCAAAUCUUCACACACACACACACAUAAAAAACGCAAGCGAAACGGCAACAAAAACAAUUUGAAAAACGUGUAUUAAAAUGAAACAAAAAACAAAUAGGGGCAAUAAAUAUAAGUACACAUGACUGACAAA